AUGGGCAUACUGGUGCCCUCACGCAUGGGGUUUCUGCUUGGGGAAGAAUGCGAAGAUAAUUGCAACAUGCUUCUCUUCGUGGACGAUGCGAGAAGCCACGAGAUAUCCAGUCUUCCGCAGGCUCUCCAAUAUUGGCCUGAACAGUGGAGGAGGGAGCAAAACUGGCGCUACGCAGCCGAAAUGAUUCAGCAGGAAAGUUCUUCUAAGGAGCCUGAGACAGCUGAUCGUCUCGCGGGGAGUCUGUCCAUGGUAUCUACUCAACAUGGUUGGGGCGACUUUGGAAGCCGGAGUUCCGGGGAGAGAAACUCUUCUGCUCUUUUGACACCGGUCUCAACCGUGCCAUCCACAGUCAAGGACGAUUUGAGGAACAGUUCACGUCAGGAGCAGCAGCCCAGUCCGGCCAGAUCUCGCGGUGAACUUGACAGCGUCAUGCGAAUGGCGACGGGAGCUCGUGCAAGGAGAGCAAAGGCAGAAGAUGAGGAAGCCGAAGCUAGAAAGGAGAUGAAUGAAGCUCGACAGAAGAUGGAGGAAGCCGAGAACAAAAUCCAGCAAGCUGGCCUGGAAGCUAAGAAAGCUGACGAGGAGGAAUCACGGCGCUGA